GGCGGGAUUCCCGGAGGCGCCGGCGGCACCGUGGGGCCUCCCUCCCUGCCUCCCUCCGACCCCCGCUCAGCAUCGGGACACCGGAGCGAGAAGGCGUCUGAACUAACCAAUUCGUCACUGCCUCUUGCUGGAGAAAAUAAGAACUUUUAAGGAAGAGCCUUGAUCUCAUGAACGAAUCAACAGAUCUUGGGAAUGCAAGCACUCUGGAGCCAGUUAUACGGCUCAGGAAGGGACACAUGCCCAAUUCUGCUGGGCAAGAACAUGAUCAUAGCAACAAGUCCAGUGAGCAGGAACCUCUCUUAGUAGAACCAUCAGCAUCAUCUGAAAAGGAUUCUGGCAAAGAUGGGGAUGACAAUUCAACUCAGGAAGAUGAGGGCUUUAUGGGAAUGCUGCCUCUCCUCCAAGCCCACCAUGCAAUGGAGAGAAUGGAAGAAUUUGUAUGCAAGGUAUGGGAGGGCCGAUGGCGUGUCAUUCCCUUCGACGUCUUGCCUGAUUGGUUAAAAGACAACGACUACCUGUUGCAUGGGCACCGGCCACCCAUGCCUUCUUUCCGGGCUUGCUUUAAAAGCAUUUUCAGAAUACACACAGAGACAGGCAACAUCUGGACGCAUCUACUAGGAUGUGUGUUCUUUCUGUGUUUGGGGAUCUUCUACAUGUUCCGGCCAAAUAUGUCCUUUGUAGCACCCGUUCAGGAGAAGGUGGUGGUUGGAGUGUUCUUCUUGGGAGCCAUCCUUUGCCUUUCCUUCUCAUGGCUUUUUCACACAGUUUACUGCCACUCGGAAGGCGUUUCCAGGCUCUUCUCCAAGCUGGACUAUUCUGGGAUUGCUCUUCUCAUUAUGGGCAGUUUCGUCCCGUGGCUUUACUAUUCUUUUUACUGCAACCCUCAGCCCUGUUUCAUCUAUCUGAUUGUCAUCUGCGUCCUGGGCAUUGCAGCCAUCAUAGUUUCACAGUGGGAUAUGUUUGCAACCCCUCAAUAUCGAGGAGUACGAGCAGGAGUGUUUCUGGCCCUGGGCCUUAGCGGCGUGAUCCCCACCCUGCACUUUGUCAUCUCGGAAGGGCUUCUCAAGGCUGCCACCAUGGGUCAGAUAGGGUGGCUGGCCCUCAUGGCCUGUUUGUACAUCACUGGCGCUGGCUUGUACGCUGCUCGUAUCCCAGAGAGAUUUUUCCCGGGCAAAUGUGACAUCUGGUUCCACUCCCAUCAGCUCUUUCAUAUUUUCGUGGUGGCUGGUGCUUUUGUGCACUUCCAUGGCGUUUCAAAUCUUCAAGAGUUCCGUUUCACCGUCGGGGGAGGUUGCUCAGAGAACGAGAUGGAGUAAAAAUCCGUCGGCCCCUGUUGAGGAUCAUAACCAAAACUGAACCAUGGGAGCAGUCCAUCCACACUUUGCCUACAAUAGUGUGGAAGCUUUGCAGGGAAUCUUAAGUAUAAGAUGGGAGAAAUAUUCAUACCUCAAACAAUGGAGUGAAUUGGUUCGGAAGAAGUGGACAUUCUUAAAUCUUAAUUUAUUCCUGGGAUCUGCAACUGAAGCAAGAAAAAACAAAACCUUUUCUUAAUCAGCUUACGUUCAAUGCCAUAUUUAUUUGUAGAAAAUAAGAGAGGUUAUCUUGGGGAAGAGCUUGGCAAUUUUUUCUUUUUUCUUUUUUUUUUUUUUUAAAUCUAGCUUAAUUAAGAUUUGUAUCUUGUUCAGGUAAAUUGAUUUUUAGAUGCCCUUUUGGGAGAAAAAAAAUGUAAAUAAGAUUUCUAACUUUCUGUUUGAUUAAAAA